AUGAAUUUCAUGGAUGAUCCAAUGGAAAUUGAAUAAAGCGAUGUUAAAGUUCAGGAAGUUCAUUAACAGAACAGAUUCCUGCAUUCUAAACGAAUGAUCAUCGUUGAUGAGAAAUGUUAAGCAAUGGUUCCAGAUAAGCCUGAAAAAACAUUAGAAAAAUUUAAAAAGCAUAGAUAAAGUCUAGUAUUUCAAACGUAGUAAAUCUAAAAUAUUUCCGAUAUUGAAGAUUAUCUACUUUUUGCAACAUCAUUAAUCUUGAACUAAGUUGAUGAAUCAAUAACAGAUGAUAGUAAAAAGAAGAAUAAAGGAUUCAGUGGCGAUGGCUUAAUUUUAAGUGGAUUAUCUAUUACAUAAGAACAAGUUAAUGAAAAGGCAUUGAUGUUUUUGAAAUUAAUGGAUUAUAACAUUAUCAAAGCAAAAUUUUACUUACUAUUUCCAAGUUUGAUCAUUUAUAACCAAUAUAAACAUAGGCACGCCUUAAAAUUCAGUGAUGAAUACAUGAAUGAAAAAAUUGAAUAAUAUAUUAGUAAAUUGAAUGAAGAUAAAAUGAUGCAAUAGAACAAAUGGAAAUAGGAUUUAAUGGAACUCAUAAACAACAAAUAAAAAGUUCACCUGGCUUAACUAUAAACAUUGUUAGAAUAAGGAUAAUAAUUAAAAUACGAGGUACCUGAAUCAAUAAAAUAAAUACAUUAAUCCUCAAUAUAAAUAUAAAAAUAAUUAAACAAAUUAUUUAAAGAAAAAUAAACUUUAGAAAAGUUACGUUAAACCUUAGAAAAGUAUGAAGAAUAAAUUCCAAUAAUAACACCUGAGAUUUAAUAAUUGAGAGAUUAAGUCUAAAGAUCUGAAUCAUUUUUUGUAAAACUGUCAAAACUUCCAAUACCUGUUAAUGACUAUGAGAAUUUUGAUUCAGUUUUUGAGAAAUUAAUAUCUAACUCGAUGAAUUAGAAAAUUUAAUUAAGAGUGCUUGCAAAUUGCAAUUAAGAAUACAAAUAACUGCCAAUAGAGAUAAAAGCAUUUGAACUAUUACACAAAAGAUUAUAUGAAUAUGUAUUAGACUUAGUGGAGAAGAUUAUAAAAUUUACAAAGAUAUAGUAAACAAAAACAAGAUUAGGGUAAUAGAAUUCCAAUUAAAGUGAAAAAAUAGAAAAAAUUUCUUUAGCUCAAGCUGGAUCAUUAAAUUAGUAAAUUCUAUAUUUGAUUGUUACUUGUGAUGAUUUCGAUUAGUUUAAUGAGCUUUAUUAGUAGGCAUUAGAAUUAAAUGAAAGAGCUUAAUAAUAAAUUGAUGAUCCUGAAAUGCAACAAAGAUUGCUAUUAGAAGUUUUGGAUUGUCCAUUUUAUUUGGAUGUUCAAGAAAAAUUAUAAAGUAUAAUUGACUAUUCCUAAAUUUUGGAUUAAAUUAAACAAAAUAUGUAAAAUGGUUAACAUUAAGAGGCUAAUGAUUAGAUAUAGACACUUUUUAAUAGAGGAAUAAUAAAUGACGAUCUUAAAUAGUUACAAGAGAUUAAUCAUAAAGUUUUAGAAUGGAAUUAAUUAGCAGAUGAGAUCAUAAAUUAUCAUGAUAAUGUAACAUUAAUCGAUGUUUAUCAUGAUAACUUUGAAUUACAAUAAUAUCCUAAUACCUUGUUUUAACCAUCAUAGGAUAUUAUAAAGUAAUUGGAUCCUGUGAAGGUUUAAGAAAUCAAUAAGAUUGCAGAAAGAGUUUUGAUUUGGAAAGACUCGUUAAUUUCAUUGAUUGAUUGCAAAUAAGUGUAGGUUCAAUAAACAAAUAGAAAGAGUAAUUAAAAUAAAUCAUUUAAUAAAUUAUGGGAAUUAUUUAGGGAGGGUUUAAAAUACAAAUAAGAGUUGUCUUUGAUGGUUAAAGUGAGACAGACUAUACUCCAAAUUUUAGAUUGGCACGCACAAGUUACUCUUAUAAAAUAAACAUUAAGAGUUAAUGAUGAUACAUCGUUAUAAAUUGAUGGUAUUGAGACAAUUAGAAAGAUGUACAUUUAAAAGUAUGGGUCGCAGUAAACAUAAGAUUAAAUAGAUAAAUUAUAAAAGUUUUAAUCUCCAUUUUUGAGUGGAACAAAAGAUUUAUAAAUCAUUUAAGCACUUACCUAACAUAUUGAAAAAUGGAAUAAGGAUGCUUAAGAGGCUUUACAAACAUAAAAUUAAGAGCUUAUCAAAAAUUUAUUAGAUGAGGCUCCAAAAUUACCUGUAGAAGAACAAUUAGUAAAAGAACUAUAAAAUUUGCAUGCCUCAUCCAUAAAGAUUAGUUGGAUAAAAUCAAUUAUUAACAGUUAAGAUCCUCUAUUUGAAUCAGUCAUGAAAGCAUUAUAAAAUGAUGAAUCAAUUAAAUAACUUAAAGAAGAGAUGUUCUAAAUAUAUGCACAAAAUCCACAAAACAAAAAGAAGAAAGAAGGCACAAAAUUAUCUAAGCUUGCAUAGAAUUUUUAUUUAAAUUUUCAAAACACGAUAAAAUACUACUUAAAUCAAUUAGCUUAAUUGGAUGAAAACAAAUUAAAAAAACUCUAACCUAUAAAGGUGUAAAAGCUAAAAGAUUACUAAAGGGAUGUUUAAAAUGAAGAAAUUUCUUAAUAAGUGGAUGAAUGGACUGAACAAUUUUAGUAAUGGUAAUGUUAGGUUAUAAAUGUUAAUGAUUAAUAAUAACAAAAGAAAAAAAAGAAGCACAAGGAUUCAGAAUCAUUAACUGAAUCUUAUUAUCUAACUGGAGAUCUAUUGUAUUAUUUUAAAGUUCCAGAGCUUCUUUGCCUUGUUUUGUAAGGAAUAGAGAAUAAUUACAUUAGUUAAGAAUUGAUAAGUUCUAUUGAAAAGCUAGUGACAAUAAAUAGUUAAGCUGAUAUAGCAUUAUAGGUUUAAAGUGUUAAGGAAGUUCAUUUUUACUCUGAAGUUUUUAUGCCUGAAUUUUAUGUAAUGGCUAAAAAAUUUAGGGUAAUAAAUAAUUGGAUAACAAUGGCUUAAGAUAUGAUAAAUGACACACCUAGGCUAAAAAAUUUGAUUAUGGUAUAGAAAUUGAAGCCAUUCUUAGAGUAUCUAGACUAAGUUUAGAAUUAAGAGCUAAGGAAUUCCAAAUCUUAAUCAGUGUAACAAUAAUAAUAAUAAUAAUAGUAAUAAUAACAGUAAUAAUAAUAAUAACAACAAUAGUAAGGGCAAUAAUAAUAAUAGCCAGCUUAAUAAGUAUCAAACAUUAAAAAAAAAAUGUUAAAAUCGAUAAAUAAAUUUAGAAUAAAAAAUUAAGAAGAACCCUAAUCUGUUGUUGAUCAAGAAAGUCAAUCAAUUAAACAUUCUAAAAGGGUAAAAUAAGUUUCGAAAUUAAUGAGGGAUGAUAGUAUAGCAUUUUAUGAUGCAAAUAUCCCUUUGGGAAAAGCCUUCAAAUAGACUACUAAUGAAAGUUUAACAUCUGAUCCUGUCAUAUAAGCUAUAAAGAAGACCACAAAUAAGAGGUGUUAUAAAAAGGGAUUAAAUAGAAAAAUACUGCCUAGUGUAGAAGUUGAAAUAGGAAGCCCAAAUUUGUUAGAUUAGAUAAAAAUGUAAUCUUAAGAGCUCCUAAAUUUAUACAGUUAAGAGGAAGUCUAUUGCACAUGCAGAUAAGGAGGAGAAUCAGCAAUUUCAGAUCUUUAGAUUAUCAAAAGUUUACACGAAAAUAAUGUUUAAUUAUUUCAUUAAUAAUGCUUGAAAUAAUAGUAACAGGUUAAGUACAUGAUAUUUUGCGAUAAUUGUGAAGAAUGGUAUCAUUAUGAAUGCAUGGGAAUUAAGAAAUUAAAAGAAUAAUAAUAAGACAAGUAUAUUUGCAGAAUUUGUUUGAUAAAAAUGAAUAUUCCAUUUUAUAUUUUAAAUGAGAAUUUGUGGGAUCAAUGUCUGGACCCAUAAUCAGAACUUUAUGAUAGCUAUUAGAAGUUAAAGUAAGGAUUGGAAAAAAAUAUACUCCCUAACUCAGGAGAUUAUAUUUACUCUCAAUUAUAAUUACCAACUGUAGAAGAUUUCAAAGAGUUUAUGAAAAUUGGCAAGAAUUUACCAGCACAACUAGUUGAACUAGAACUCCUUGAAUUACUUGAGUAAAAAAUCGAUUAAUGGUUAAUAUAAUACAAUGAUUUGAAAAACUAGUCAUUGCCAUAAUUGAUUGCAUUAUAUGCUGAAACUGAAUGGCUACCAAUAAGUUUACCUUAAUAAAAGAUUCUUAUAUCACUCAUAUGCCAAAAAGAGUUUUUAUAUACUGCAAAUGAAUAAUUGCAAAGCAGGGCAACUUUUAAGACCAAAUAAUUAAAAAAGCCAUAAUUGGAUAGAACCGAAUAACUUUACAUAUAUGUAAAAGAAAAACACCCAGAUUUAUUAUAAGAUCUUGAUAAUUAGAUAGUUAAAACAAUAUAAAUGUUAAGGAUUUAAUAAGAUCUCAAUAAUUAAUUGCAAUAGCAAAUGAAAUAACAAUCAACAUUAGAGUAAUAUGAUCAGUUGAUUAUUUAAUAUGAAAAGGAGAUCAAACUCUAAAUUUAGAAGACGGACAUCAAAUUUUCUUUACCAAAAUUAAAUGAAUUAAGAUAGUAAAUUACAAAGAUCCAGUAAUGGAACGCAGAGAUUUUUGCUAUAUUUAAAGAUGUUGAUGAUAUUUAUACUUCGAAUCUAAGUUAAUAAAUUUAUGAUAGCAAACCCAACUUUUCUGAUAUAUAAGUAAAACUGAAAGAAUAUGAAAUGAUCUCUAUCAAAGUUCCAAAUUAAUGCUAUGAAUUUCUCAAAGCUCUCCAAUCAAAAGCUGAAGAAAUAAUUGCUAAGAUUGAUUCGAAUGUGUCUUAAUUAUCCUUUGAUGAAUAAUUUGAAUUAUGCAGAUCAGCAUAUUAGUUGAAAUGCAAAAUUCCUUAAUUUAAGAACCUUGUAAAUAAUGUGAAUAAGGACGUCUAAAUGAGAGUUAUUCAGUGGCUUCCAUUUAUAAAAGCAGGAUUGUAUUGA